UGUUCUGCACUGCAACCAUAAGCCAAAAGGCUACGUAGCUAUACAGGUAAUACGUGUGUGACUGUGAAUGGGCCGAGACGAGGAAAACAGAUUAUGAGGCGCGUAACCAAAGCUGAGUACUCACUUCGGGGACGCGCACUACCGAAAGCCUAAACACGCAGGCAGGCCCAAGAGGAAGUUUCAAAUAGAACCAUGCAAUAUCCGAAAAGCCGCGGGGGCGCGCUGACCAGCUAAUGAAUACAACAAGGCUAAUUGUGGAAACAACUGUUUGCGGCAAACAUAUAGGCUAAAUUAUGUUCGAGUCCCCGCGGAAAUCGGUAAAGGUCCUGAAAUCUAGGUCGGAGAGUCAAGAGGAGUUACACGAAAUGCAACUGGUAUAUCCUAUGAGAUCUGACGACCGAUACCAGAAGAAAAAGAAAAAGAAGCAACCAAAACAUAAAAGGGAGAAGCGGGCUGUCUUAGUUCCGGAAACUUGCGCCGAAGAGUCGCCAGCGACAGUGUCCGAGAAGAGGAGAAUAGGAGAGAAAUGCUCUGCUAUCAGUACGGAUGACCCGAUAGUCAGGGGUAUAUUUAAAAUAGAGAAAAAAAGCUGCGACGUAGUUCUGACUGCGACAAGGUUAAUAUGGACUCAAAUUCAACCGGAGACCCCUACAGGUGAGUCGGACGCUCGCAGGCACGAGGAGCACUUGGAGCUGAGGGAGGUGUUCGCGGUGAAGGUGAAGAGGCGCCGUUCCAUCGGUCAGCAGACGGGCGGCACGCUCCUGGGCCUCACUCUCUUCCGCUGUGUGAGGAAGGGCCCCAAACUCAAGGACGAGGCCCUCCACCUCAACAACCUGAGUGCAGACCACUGCGAGGUUUGGUUCAAGCACCUGAAGGAGAUCAUAAAUGCAAGCCACGGGCUCUGGCUGCCAAGGCCAGGCAUGGACCGCAGGGACCCGCCGGAGCUCAGUGGAAGAACAGGUUACCAGGACAGGCCCAAAUCUCUCAAAGUGUUUGUGAACCCCGUCAGCCACAGGAAGGAAGCCUACCAGCUCUACAGGGAUGAAGUAGCGCCGCUCUUCAAGCUGGCCGACGUCAAGGCCGAUGUCACCGUUACACAGAGGAAGGGACACGCCCUCUCCGUCCUGAAAGAAUGCAAGUUGGAUGAUUAUGACGGUGUGGUGGUUGUCGGGGGAGAUGGCUCCGUCGCCGAGGUGGUCCAUGGGCUGCUGCUCCGGGCCCAGAUGGAUGCUGGGAGAGACACAGACUCCAUCUUCACGCCUGUCCGAGCAGCACUUCCUCUCGGGGUAAUACCAGCAGGCUCCACUGAUAUUGUUGCCUGCUCCGUUCAUGGAAUAAGACAUCCUGUCACAGCUGCAAUGCAUAUCAUCAUGGGGCACCACCAAGCCGUGGAUGUCUGCAGCUUCAGCUCGCAAGGUCAGCUGCUGCGUUUCGGAUUCUCCGCCAUGUUUGGCUUUGGCGGACGUACGCUGGCGCUGGCCGAGAGGCACCGUUGGAUGCCACCCAGCCAGCGGCGGGAGUUUGCCAUGAUCAAAUCACUGGCGAACCUGAAGCCUGAAGACUGCGAGGUAUCCUUUCUGCUCCAGAAACAGGCACAAGGAACAACGCAGGAGCCAAAAUGUGCGGAAAAGGUGACGGACAUUGGAGGCGGAGCCUCAGAGGAAGACAAGGAGUGGCAGACUGUCCAAGGCCUCUUCCUCAAUAUUAGUAUCAUGGCGAUACCCUGCAUCUGCUCCAUGGCUCCCAGAGGACUUGCUCCCACCACCAGGCUGGACAAUGGUGGCAUGGCCCUAAUUGCAGUCGGAAACACGUCCAAAUCAGAGUUCAUCAAACACCUGAAGAGGUACAGCAGUGUAAACAACGAGUUCAGUUUCACCUUUGUGGAAACGCACUCUGUCCAGGCAGUGAAGUUGCGGCCUCGCUUUCGAGGCGGCUGGGCUGAUGAACCAUCAGAGGAGAACGGGGAGUUUGACUCAAAAAACAGGCCCAUAAUCUCCUCUGAGGGAACCUACCCCUGGAACAUUGAUGGUGACUUGCUGGAGCUCCCCUCUGAACUGCUCAUCAGGGUGCACCCUCAGCUUAUCACACUUUUUGGGGUGAACAUGGAGGAAACCGAAGAGUCCCCGAUCAAGUGCAGCUGCAUUUAAGCCACUGUCUCCACGGCAACUAACCAAAGGCUUUUCUAGGCAUAAUAGACUUCACAUGCCCACUGCUGUGCACAGCUCAGCUAAGGUCAUUACACUGUGAAUAUCAGGAUGUCAUAGUAGACAACACACUGUUUGCAUACACAACAUGCAGUUCAUUUAAAUGCAAAGGCAAAAUACAACCUUCAGACAUUCCAGUGCAUACAAACUCAAAGCUAAAUUGAAUGUAAUCUGUAAAACAUAGCAUUGUUUUUACAAACCUUUAGUUUUUCACAAAUCACACUUUAUGAAGUACAAAAUAUUAUUUAAAAAAUAAAGCUAUUAGAUAAAACCGAAAGCAGAAUGUGUCGAAUGUGUUGAAAAACAAAAAACAUCUUGAAGAAGCUCUGAAGAAAGUUUUACUAUCAUUAUUAUUUCCGGGUUCAGACCUCCUAAACUGCAAAAUUUGGAUAACAUAGUUUAAUUUGCCAAAAUCCACUCCCUUUGGAGAAUGUGGAUAUGCUGUUUACCAUACUAAAAUCCCCACAUUUACAUUAAUUUCACAGAAGAGCGGCCAGCACAAAAACAUAACUUUUGCAUGGAUACACAAAAAUCUUAUUUUCUUAAACACUUGCAGACACAACACAACAAUAGCUUUACAAAUGAUUUAUUACCUUGGCUUUAUAGAGUGUACAUAGUUAAAAUAAAUAAAAAUAAUUGCAUUGUCAUUUCUAUGGUCCAUUAAAGGUAGGAACACGUCAGUGCCACUGUACACAUGAUUCUACCUGUUCUUAAUACUGUCUUAAUUAGAGACAAAAUGUGAUCCCUUCAUUCACAUAUGUAUAUCCAGUCCUGAAAUCACUGGUGAAGUCAGGCAGGGGGGUUGCUGUGAAAAUACUCCACUGAAAAUCACUCGGCCUUUUCCUGUACUGGUGGAAGCAAGUUCAGUUGCUGGCUAGGAAGGUGUCUUCUGCUCUGCCCCUGUGUUGUAAAUGGGCCUCCUGCUUUGCAGUGACAGCGUGAUGCUUUCCCCACAGGGGCACCGCACCACCAGCACCGCACCGCGGCACCCAGCUGCGGCGGCACAGCCUGGCACAGCACGGCUGCGGCACCCGUUCCCUCGCACACCGCACCGCUCCCACGCGUUACAAACAGGGCCUUUUAUCCGUCUGUCUCUGUGCUCGUCUUCACGCUCGGUUCACCUGUCAUCUCCUUUACCUUAGUAAAAACAGGUUUUACUCCACUUAUGCAAAACUGAGAAAGAAGGCAUCUGAGUGAACUUAUGAAAUCUAGAAAAACCGACCAGUAAACCCAACAGAGUAUGAACCUGAACGUAGCAUGAAGAAUUGCGCAUUUUAAAUGGUGUCCUACCAAACUGAGGAUCCAGGCAAGGAGGGUAAUCAGACAUAGAAGCCAGUAACAACACUGACAGAGUUACAGCGGUCAUUGGCUGAAAUGGGAGAAACUGUCCAGAGGACAGCAAUCAGUGUAGCACUUCAUAGAUCUGGGCUCUUGGGGAGAGCGGCAAGGUGGAAGCAACUUGGAGGCCAUCAUUAAGCCAAGCCUGGGGCCUCGUUUAUAAAAUGGUCUUAUCAAAUUAUAUCGUAAAAGGUGACUUACACUGAAAACCAUGAUUAAGUCCUUAUUUAUAAGAUCCCAGGUUGACAUGAAUAUCCUAUUUCUAUGUAAAAUUUACAAUAGACAUUAAUUACCUGCUGGUUAUGUGGAGGUACACCAAGUUUGAGCGCUACACACAAAUCCCCAAAGUGAGCUAUGUGCCCACUCUAAGAAUAAAACUUAACUGAUAGUCCAUGCUCGCUAUGACUUAUUCCCUUAUUUAGAGGGAAAUUGCUGUUAUUGGCUGCAUUCACAAGACAGUUCAUUCCAAAGCAAUUUCACAUGCGUUCACAUUGAAGUUCAUUUGAGAUUUUUAUAUCACGCGUUUGUAAGAUACAGAUACGGCAUUUUAAACCAACAUUAGCAGCUUUUUGUCUCAAUUAUUUUUAUAAAUCAAGUAUUAGAACAACUUGGGAAAUCAUUUUAAGUUUAUGUUUAAGUCAGAGAAUCUUUGUAUAAAUUAGGCCUGUGGAUCUUACCAGAAGGCAUUUGUGACAGAUCCUGAUGCCAUGUGUAAAAAAAGAUGUGUGGCCUGAUGAAACUAAAAUUGAGCUUUUUGUUCUGAAAGCUCAUCACCCAGGUAACACCAUCCCUACCAUCAAGCAUGGCAGUGUCAUGUGUGACAGUGUCAUGCUAUGGGACUGCUUUUCCAGGGACUGGGAAGUCUGUCACUUUCGGGGAAAAGACAGAAGGAGUGGAACACAGGCAGAGAACCUGUUUCAGUCGAGAGGAGAUUUCAGAUUCGGGCAAAGGUUCGCUUUCCAAAAGGACAAUGCCCAUUGAUAAUCUGUGGCAGGACCUGAAGGGACCUGGAACAAAUUAUCGUGAUGGAAGGGGGAGGAAUCCAGAUUUGCAAAACUCACACUGACAUAUACAAGAAGACUCAGAGAAGUAAUUGCUACCAAAGGUGUAUUUGCUUAGUACUGACAUGGGGGUGGAAAAGAAGAUGCAAAUGCUUUUUGUAAAUAAUACAUUUAAGUUUUUCAAUUAAAAAAAAGGAUUAAGAAGAAACAAUAUAUAUUUGCACCAUCAAAGUGCAAAGGGAAGGCACUUUCAAUACCCCAUAUAGAACCCACCCUGCUUAAACCCCAUACUGACAUUUUAUGAAGCAAAAACAUGUAAAAUUCACAUACAGUACAACAUUUUCAAGCUCAGUCAUUUACAGUAAAGUGCAUUUGGUCCGUACUGCAGCCAAUGCAUUUAAGAUAGGAACUUAAUCCAACUAAGGCUUUUCUACUGGCACUUUGAGAAUAAAUACUGUAAAACUGUAAAAAAUGUUUUCAAGUAAUUAACUUUCAAGCUUUAUGCUAAAAAAAAUUUCAUUAAAUUAUCAUUUUGCAAACACAGUCUACACAUUUUGGAAACCUAAUGUAAUGUCUAAUAUAAUGAUUUUUUUCAUUGUAUGACAACAGCCAAAGGGCCCACUGCCGCCUUGUAUUCUUUUUUGAAAAUGGAUUUUGCAUUUCGAUCCAACAGGGCAAAAUCUGCAAUGUUGGUCUUGCUGAAAUGUGUCUCCAGGUGAAGAAGCUAAAUUACAGAUAGAAAAUUCUUCUCUUAGCUAUCAUUGUGCUCCUUCCUCCCACAGUGAAGACAUCCAUGGUCAUUCAGCCCCUGCUAGGACAGCCAAGGUGCAGCAGACUUCAUCUUACAUUGAAUUUCUAUAAAUACUUUGAAUGUGUUUCUUCAUUGUCAAAAUUCAUAUCCUUCACCCGUGUCCUGAGGUUCAUCGAGCAAGCUGGCUUGCAUCAAUAUUAUCUUCCUGUUAAAGAAACCAACCUGUGACAGAAUGAAACAUUACUUGCAGUUAGGGGUGUAAUAGAAUUUUGUGACACUGACAGACUAACAGACAUUCAGUUAUCAAAUGACAAGCUCAGAAAGAAAAAGCAUGGCAACAACCACAGAUAAAUGAGAAAGUAAAAUUGUACAUACUGUAAUAUUUGUAACUAUUUAAUAGUUUUUGGGACCCUAUUUACAUUAUAAUUUAUUUAAAAAUAAAGGCUAAUCCAUGAUGA